AUGAAAAUCGCAGAAGAAAGACUGACAAGAUUAUCUACCUUUAUUGGUAAAUACGACUUGCUACCUCUAAAUCAAGACAUUCUACAGUUCUUAGAAGAUAUAGAGGAAUCAAAUUCUGUAACUCUGUAUGAAAUGAUGGUGCUGUAUCUUAAAAUUGCAGCUUUGUCAAAUAAAUUAAAGGAAGACGAGCUAUCAGAGACUCAAGUAGAAACAGUGUCUCAAAUAAAUAAAAACGAAUUUAUGCAUCAAGAAUUUGUUAAGAAGAAAUUAAAACAAGUAAAAGAGUGUAUUGAAGGUCUAGAAAUUCCGAGCACAGAAAUAGAUGCAAUUUACAAAAAUAAAUUGAUAAAAGAAGUACACAAUUUUCUUACGAGUUCUCUAAAAACAUCUCCAAAAAUAACAAACGUAAUUAAUGUGACUUUAAAACGAAAGAAAACUCACAUCUCUUGCACUCCAAAUAAAAAUGAUAAUUUGUUGAAGGAAACUGAGAGCAUUAGUCCACCAAUAAUGAAUAUAAAGGCAGCAGAAUCUUUAUUAACAUCGAGUGAAUCUGAUCAGACGUCUCAAGAAGAUAUUUUAAUUAAAUGUAUUAAAGAGGAAGAUGAAGGGAGAGAAAAAGAAGAACGAGAUUAUUAUCAGCGACAACAAGAUUAUCAAAAACCACACUAUCAGCAACAAUACCUGCAGCUCCAGCAACAACAGCAACAAGUUAAUUCUGUCGCUAUCUGUCCAGAUUUAAAGAAAGUUAUCAGUAAGAUGAGGUGGUGCGUCUCUUUCUGUUUUCUUGCCGUUUUAACAAUUACUUCUGCUUUAAGUGAUACUGAAGAAUGGCUAAAUUUUAAAAAAUAUCAUGGCAAAGUCUAUAAAAGUACAAUUGAAGAAAAAGCCCGGUAUUCAGUAUUUCAAGCUAAUUUACGCAAAAUCGAAGAACAUAAUGAAAAAUUCGAGAAAGGAUUGACUACUUACACAUUGGGGAUGAACAAGUUUGGAGAUUUAACCGCCGAAGAGUUUGCUGACCUACUGCAGCCGUUACCAAAGAUGGAUAGACCUACACCUUCACUAAAAAUUGAAAAUGUUCAAUACAAUGGACAUAUUCCAGGUAGAAAGGACUGGAGAGAGAAGGGAGCAGUAACUGAAGUAAAGAAUCAAGGCGGCUGUGAAGGCACUUGGGCAUUCGGCGCCACUGCUGCAAUUGAAAGUGCACAUUUCAUUAAAUCUGGAAAACUCGUUACCAUGAGUGAACAAAACCUCCUUGAUUGUGUUACAGAAUGUAAAGGUUGUAAGAGUGGUUCGACGGAUAAAGCCAUGGAGUACGUUCGAGAACAUGGCAUAACGACAGAAGGAAAUUACCCUUAUAAUGGAAAAGAUGAGGAGUGUCAACUAAAUGGAACGGAACCAGUAAUAAAAAUUAAAAAUUAUGUUUUUGUAAAAGUGAACGACGAAGAGGAUUUAAGGCAAGCUGUUGCUAGACAACCAGUAGCUGUAACUUUAGACGCAAGAGGUUUUCAUUUAUAUAAAUCAGGAAUAUGGGAUAAUUUGUGCUUAGAGGAUCUGUCACUAGACAACUCUUUAUUAGUUGUUGGAUACGAUCUUGACCAUAAUUUAGACAUAGAUUAUUGGAUUUUAAGAAAUUCUUGGGGUAAAAGUUGGGGUAUGGAUGGUUACAUGAAAUUCCGAAGAAAUAUGAAUCGUUGUGGUAUUGCUUCAUAUGCUCUUUAUCCAGUUGUGUAAAUAUGGCAAUUUUAGUUCAAAUAGAUGUUAUAGACAAAAGACGUAGAAUUUAUAUAUUUUAUUUUUGCUUUUAUCUGUGUAAUAAAUUAAUUUGAAUAGCCAUUUUUCAUUAAAUAUGUUAAAUAAUUUAUAUUAGUU